AUGGAUGAAAAUAGCAAAGUAUUGUUUGGAAAUGAGUCAUAUACACAGGAGGAGAUAGAGAGGUUGGCAAUUGAAUUGUCAACUCCACUGCCUAGAGAUGAUCAGAGUGAACGUCCGGGUCCAGGUGGUACCCGUCUCACUUAUCUAGAGUCAUGGAAAGCAAUAGAGAUUGCAAACAGAGUGUUUGGUUUCAAUGGAUGGUCAUCAAGAAUAGUAGAGUUAACAUUAGACUUUUGCGAGGUUGCUCCAUCUGGCAAGUGGAGAGCAGGUGCAUCAGCAAUCAUACGUAUAAUGCUAAAGGAUGGUACUUUUCAUGAUGAUGUUGGCUUUGGUAUGAGAGAGGACUCGAACAAGGGCACAUCAAUUGAGCAUGCAAAGAAGGAGGCUGUAUCAGAUGCAAGGAAGAGAUCACUUAGAGUGUUUGGCAAUGCUCUAGGUAACAAACUAUACGACAAGGAUCCAUUAAAGUUGAAGAAGGAUAAGCAAGGCGGCGGUGCUCCACAGGCCAGACCACAACAACAACAACAACAACAACAGCAACCAAUGGUUCAACAGCAGCCACAACAGCAACAACCAUUAUCAUUCGACUUUGACGCAUAA